AUGAAUCUUGUUCAUUUAUCGACUAUUGCUACUACUGGGGCUCUUUUUCUUCGUGUCCUCGUUCGUUACGGUACCCACCUUUUCCCUUGGGAGGAGCGAAGUAUUGAACGAAUUUUCGCUCACCUUCUUGAGACCCUAGACGCCCUUAUCUUUAUCCACAAGGACUGCUACAUCUCCAGGAUGAAACCCUUGCUUCCAGAACAAUUCCUCAAACGCUACCUCAAUAACACUUCUUUUCAAGAUCCCCUGAUCUUCGAGGGACAGUUUAACCUAGACUGCGAUUCCAGCGACGCUGGUCUCCGAGCCGAAGUCAAUUCGCCUCACAAGCUCCCAUGUGGAGUCCAUCAGUUGAAUGUUGACGCCUUCUUUCCUGUCACUUCUGAUAUCCUGAAAGGUGAUCUAUUUGAACUCCUUCAGGAUGAAAUCCGUGCCUUCUUGAAGGCCUAUCAUGAAACUCUGGAGUCGAUUUUGGUAAAAGAGAAAGCGGUUCCACGCAGUCUGACGGCGUAUUAUUUCAGGCAUGAGGAUCGUUUGAUCCGAGUCUUUUAUCCAGCCGUCUGUAAGGAGGAAGUAAAGUUGCGGGAGGAAAUUCAUAAGGGUCUUGGCUUGCCCCAGAAACCUAUUAUACGGCGCGGCCUGGCCCUCUUCCCCACUCGCAGUUUCAGACGCCUUCUCGGUCCCAAUGAGAAGAAUCUCGUAUCACCUCACCUCUUACUUCCUGCCUCCAACUCCAUUCCCAACGUCCGUUGCGAGGUUAUCCGCGGGAGAUACACCUACAAACACUACCUGCAAGUGAGUUGCAUUAGAAAUUCCUUUGGAGGCAGCAUCAUGUUAGAGUUGCCUAUGGGAUCACUAAAUUGGAUUCACGUUCAUAAAGGGCCUUUUGAAGCGCUGCUAGAUUGUUUUGAUGGCGUGGACGACAAGAACUGGGGCUGUGCAUACCGCUCGCUGCAGACGCUGGCCUCGUGGCUGCUGUGGCAGGGCAUAGUAACACCGCUGCAGCCACUGCCCUCGCACCGAGACAUUCAGGAGGCUCUCGUUAGAGUCGGUGACAAACCCUCCAAAUUCAUCGGCUCGCGACAGUGGAUAGGUUCUUUGGAGUUCCACCUUUCUGUCUACCUGGCUCCCUCUAUAUAUUUGUUUGUUGUCCAAUUCCCUGCAUACCGUAAGUUAUUUCUGUCCAAAACACGCAUAAGGAAGGACUAA